CGCUUACAUGUAGGCAGCAGAUAGGUAGUGGUUUAGACUUUAGUAUUUUUAAUUUGUUACUGUGCCAUCUUUACCCGCUUUGACCACGUGGAAUAGAAUACAUGUACAAUGGCUAGAGAUGGAAGACUAAAAGCUAAAGUGGGGAAAGCUCGUCGCUGGAGGAAGGGGCAGAGUGGCGGCAGCAAUCCAGAGACCAAAAAGCACCGUCAAGCCGCCAAGGGACGGUUUAGGACUCACCUAAGUCAGCCUCUCACUCAUUCUUCUCUGACUGAGAAGGCACUGGCCUCUCACGAUGCAGCCACAAAGGGAGAGGAUGAUACCCUCAUGCUAGACAGAGCUGAUGAGAUUGAUUUGGAAGAAGACAAUGACAGUUUGACCUUGGCGUCCAUCAAGUCAGUGACAAGUGUUGCCACAGGCACCGUGUACAGUUUAAUGGAGACUGCUCAUCCGGUGUUCAGAAAGCUUAGGAGAUUCUGGAACUCCCCAGUUGAGAGUCACAAGGAAGUGUGUGCAGUGUUGGCUGCUGUGUCUGAGGUGGUCAAGUGCAAGGAAGGCAGUGACACUGAGACAGAGUACUUUGGAGCUCUCAUGACUGCACUAGAGACGUCAGAGGAUGAGAAAUCGGCCAUAGCCGUCAGCUUACUACUCAGUCUCAUCAUGCCAAAAGUUCCACAGCAAGUGCUCAUAGCCCAGUACAGCCCAGCCUGUAAGAUCCUCGCUGACCAACUGACUGCUUACGAGACCUCUAACUCUACCUCUCUGCUCAUAUCGCUGGUUAAGUGCCUAAGUGGUCUGCUAGAGGCACAAGGCCAGUACACUUGGCGUGAGGGAUACACUCAGAGGAUCUUCCAGCUCUUACUCAACUACACUAUCCAUCCAAAACCAAAGCUCCGUAAGUCUGCUCAGAACGGCAUCGUCUCCCUCUUGAGAGAGGGAACUCUGUCUGGUGACUUUCACCCAUCUACAAGUCUCGUUGCCAGACACUGCCGACACACUCUGGAAAAUGAUGGUCUGGAGUCAUCAACACUGCACAUACUGGGCAUGCUCAAAGAUUGCUUGGCCAAUUUUCCAACUCAGCAUGUGAAGUCGCUUUGUGAGUCCCUUCUCAAGCUAAUGACACUAGGAAACUCGAUGGUUCGAACUACUGGACUCAAAGUGCUCCAUGGAAUGUUUACCUCCAUUGCUGGACCCCAGGGGUUGAAUUCUGACCUCUGUGCACAGCUUGUCUCGGCUCUCUAUGUCUACCAGCCCAGCCUAAUUGAUGCUCAGUUACUGCAAGCAUGGCUCACAGUACUCCAGAGCGCGUACGUAAAGCUAUACAAUUUGACCCCUGACCUCUUUGUUGCCCACCUCCCCCGACUGUUUGUGAUCUGUGUACGGUGUCUCCUCUCAAACAAAGACACUGUCAAAGCAGCAGCUGCUUCUGUAAUGGAGACUUUUCUGAAGGAGUACGUUCCUCCCACCUUGGACCAGCUGAAGGUACAAGCUGAGUCGAGUGAGGCUGGAAGGUUGAAGGCUAAAAGCAACGAUGGUGACAACAUGACGACUGACUCUACCGUUUUGGUCACUUUAAAAACUAUGUUCAAGUCUUUGGAGGGUGGGCUCAAAUACAAGUACUGCACAUCAUGGGGCCAUGUGCUGAGAGUGUUUGCACUGUUCUACCAGGUGGUGGGGGGUCUACAACAGUGCCAAAGCUUUAUGACAAAGUCAUUGGUGACAAUCUGUGACCUAAGGGCUUCUCCCGAUUUCCACUUCAAAUCUGAUGUGGACACUGCCUUUGGAGCCGCUGUCGGGUCCAUGGGUGUAAGGGUUGUGCUUAAAGCCGUGCCUCUUCAGUUAGACCCGGAUCCAAAAGGUGUAGUUGGGUCUCAUGACUUCCCUCGUAGCUGGAUGCUCCCCGUGUUAAGAGACAACAUCAAUAAAGAUGAGCUUUCUUAUUUCAGUGACAAUUUUCUACAAUUGGCAGGCAAACUGAGAGCUAAAAGUAUGCAAGUAGCUCAGUCUGGCAACCCACUAGAAGGAAAGCUCUACGAUACUCUACAACACCAGAUAUGGUGUCUUCUUCCUGGUUUUUGCUCUGGGCCUGUGGACCUGUGCCAGUCAUUCGGUGGUAUUGCUCGUAUCCUGGGGACAGCACUCAAAGAGAAGGCAGAGCUUAGGCCGAUAGUGUGUCACGCCCUCAAAUUGCUCAUUGAGUGUAGCAAGGACAGUGAAGAGAACAGGAAGGAGCUUGCUCGUUUCUCCAAGAACUUCCUCCCCAUUUUAUUUGAGCUGUACGUCACCACUGCUGAUGAGUACAAAAGGGGCAGUGACAGAGAACCUUUGAUUGCCUGCAUUAGAGCCUACGUCUCCAUUACAGAUGAGCAGCUCCUCAGGACGUUUCUGACUAGUGCCCUGAGCAAGGUUGGGUCGGAAGAUGUUCCCACAUCCAGUAAACAGCUUCUUCUGGACCUGGUGCAGUCGUUCACCCCUCAACUCUCUGAAGGCUCUCUGGAUCAGGUCUACUUGACCAUAUCACCACUCUUAGAUGCUGGGAACAGUUCCAUGCAGAAGAAGGCCUAUAUAUGUCUCGAGUGUCUGCUCUCUUGCAAAAGCCCUGCCCAUCAAGCGUUCAUCACCCAUCACCUUGACAACCUGAGACAACUGCUGCUGGACUCCUUUUCCACCGCCAGCUCUGCCUCAAAGAAGCCUCGACUCAAGUGCCUCCUAUACAUUGUGGACCACCUCUGUCCGAAGAGCUCCGGCUUUAUUGCAGCCAUCUUACCAGAGGUUAUUCUGUGCACUAAAGAAGUGAAUGAGAAAACAAGAGUCAUCGCCUUCAAAUUGUUGAUCAGGAUGGGCUACGCUGCUCAGAGGUGCUAUCUUAAGAGUGCUGAAGACAGUGUCACGGACUACUUUGUGAAGGUGUUGGCGGGAUUGGCAGGCUCUACUCACAUGAUCUCUGCCACCAUACUCACUCUAUCCAGACUAGUAUAUGAGUUUCACGACCUACUGGGAGAUGACUUUGUGAAGAGACUGCUGUCCACUGUGUGUACGUUCCUGCGCUCCAAGACAAGGGAGGUGGUUCGCUCCACUCUGGAGUUCAUCAAGGUCACCAUCGGUGUGCUUCCUCCUGACGAAUUGCUCUCCCACCUUGAAGAACUGGUGAGUAAUAUCACAUCAUGGUCUGCCGACAACAGUUGUCACUUCAGGACGACAUCCCGGGACAUUCUCGAGAGGUUGGUGAGAAAGUUUGGCUAUGAGGUAGUGGCUGGCUUUGUGCCUGACAAGCUCAAGAACUUCAUUGCUCACAUUCGCAAGAUGGUGGAGAGACAAAAGAAAAAGAAGAAGCAGGCCAGAGAAUAUGGAGGAGAUAAAGAUGAAGAGGAUCAUGCAAAAAAACACUUCAAGCCUAGCUAUGAAGAGCUGCUAAUGGACUCAAGUGAUGAAGAGGAAGAACAAACGAAAGAGAGACGACCUAAGGGCAGGGAUCCAAAACAGAAGGGUGUGGCCCAGGGGCGUGCCUGGAUUAAAGAGGCCGAUGGAGAUGACCCUGUGAAUUUCCUUGACCCUGGGGUUGUGCAAAAAGUUAUAGCUACUGACCCAGCUCGAUUGGCUUCAGUCAAAAGGCCAAAAGUUAACCCGUUUGAAACUAACCAAGAAGGAAAGCUAGUUAUCACCGAGAAUGAGGGUGACAUGGUGGAUGAUAUGGACACUAAUGAGAUGAAGAAACGUAAGAGGAAACUUAACGAAGACGAGGACACUGCUGGGGCUGAUGGAGGUGGAGGGCAUGGCAUUUACCGCAAAAAUGCCCACAAGAAAGACUAUGAUUUUGAUUAUGGCUCGGAAUAUAGAGCAAAGAAAGCCAAAGGAGACAUCAAGAAGAAAGGAAAACCGGAUCCCUAUGCAUAUGUUCCUCUGAUGAGGCAGAAGCUGAACAAGAGGAAGGAGGCUAAACUGCGAGGCCAAUUCUCUGGGCUGCUGCAGAAAGCGAAGAAAGGCUCGGCUGCUGGUACCAAGCUACGGCGGAAAACAUUCAAAUAAAUUGUAAUAUAAUAAUCAUGCAUCAUUCAGUUUAUGAUGAGUUUAUAAUGUUUUCUGAGAUGGA